UUUUUGCAUAAGCAGAGGCUGGAGAGUUCCUAUACCAUCGAUUAUUGUUAUCUCAUUUCCUUUACUUAUAAAUUUAUUGUACAAAAAAGCCGAAAUGGAUUCGUAUGAUGUCAUAGCUAAUCAACCUGUAGUAAUUGAUAAUGGAUCUGGUGUUAUCAAAGCAGGUUUUGCUGGAGAUCAAGUCCCCAAGUAUAUUUUCCCUAACUAUAUUGGAAGACCUAAACAUGUCAGAAUUAUGGCUGGAGCUCUUGAAGGGGACAUCUUUCUUGGGCCUGAAGCAGAGGAACACAGAGGAUUGUUGUCCAUUAGAUAUCCAAUGGAACAUGGCAUUGUGAAAGAUUGGAAUGAUAUGGAGCAAAUAUGGCAGUACAUCUAUUCCAAAGAUCAACUACAAACUAUAUCUGAAGAACAUCCAGUGCUGUUGACUGAAGCUCCAUUAAAUCCGCAAAGAAACAGAGAAAAAGCAGCAGAGAUAUUUUUCGAGACUUUUAAUGUCCCAGCCUUAUUCAUAUCCAUGCAGGCUGUACUUAGUUUAUAUGCUACAGGCCGUACCACAGGUGUGGUAUUAGAUGCUGGUGAUGGUGUGACCCACGCUGUGCCCAUCUAUGAAGGCUUUGCCAUGCCUCAUAGCAUCAUGAGGGUAGAUAUAGCAGGCAGGGAUGUGACCAGGUAUCUUCGUCUGCUUCUGAGAAAGGAAGGAUUUGAUUUCCAGACUUCCGCUGAAUUUGAAGUUGUCAGACAAUUGAAAGAGAGAGUUUGCUAUUUAUCCAUUAAUCCUCUCAGAGAAGAGAGCAUGGAGACAGAGAAAGUUCAGUACACAUUGCCUGAUGGUAAUACAGUGGAGAUUGGAUCAGCUAGGUUUCGUGCUCCUGAGCUUCUGUUCAGGCCAGACUUGAUAGGUGACGAGUGUGAAGGCAUUCAUGAGGUAUUGUCCUUUUCUAUACAGAAGUCAGACUUGGAUCUGCGUAAAACUUUAUACUCAAACAUUGUUCUCAGUGGAGGCUCCACACUUUUUAAAGGUUUUGGUGACAGGUUACUCAGUGAAGUCAAGAAAUUAUCACCAAGAGAUGUGAAAUUGAGGAUAUCAGCACCACAGGAACGAUUGUACUCAACAUGGAUUGGUGGUUCCAUCCUUGCAUCUUUAGAUACUUUUAAGAAGAUGUGGGUUUCCAAGCGAGAGUACCAUGAGGAAGGGGUCAAGGCCAUACACAGAAAGACAUUUUAACCUGUUUUCAUAUUUAUUUUAGUUUGGUACCAUUCAGCUCUCUUAUUUUUCAAUUUGGAAAGGUUGGGUGUAGGUGAGAUGGAAAAAUAAAAAAACAAUGUGGAGUCUUGAAAGUUAAGUCAUGAUUUUGAAGAUAGUUCUUUGAUCCAGACAAUUGUAAUUAUUACUGUUCUUAAAUAUUUAUUUUCAUGAAUUUAAUGUACAAAAAGAAUUAAAUUAAUUUUCGUUCUGGCAAUGCCAGAACAGUCCAUGGUUACAAAUCUUUGUAAUAACAAAUACAACUGCAUUAGGUAUAUCUUACUAUAACGUAUCGUCUAUUAAGAUUAAAUUUUUUAAUCCUUUGAUAAAUAGAAAAAUUUGGAAGCUUUACUGCAGUAUCUGAUUGGGUAUAGAUGAUGCUACACAUAAGGCUCUAUAGCUGCUUGUGAUUUAAUAUUGUGGUUUCUCUGUCCGUGGUGACAUUCUCAUUUGUCCUAGACUACUUUCUUGUUAAUGCCAGAUGUUGUGUUGCCGAGUCCAUAGACAAUCUGAUGCUAAACAUGUGUUAGGGUUUUAUUAUGAGCUGGCAAUUCCAUUGUUUAAACUGUGACCAAAACACUUUUUUUUCUUUCAUUAAAGCCUUCGUAAUACCCAUUUCAAGUUUUCUCUACUUUGCAAUUCCCCUUUCAUUUAAAGAUACAACAGUUAUUGCAUCUUGUAUAUAUAAAUGUGCAACCUUAUUAUUUCCAAUUAGAAACAUUGACACUGGUCUUGUCCUACUGCUUUCUUCUACUAUUGGUUGGUGGCUAAUGUAUCACUAUAGUUGAAACCAUGGUGUUCCUUUCUUUGCUUUUAAACCUCAGUGUCAAUUGAACAACAUAUGUGUAAACUUUUGUGUUUUGGUUGAUGAUUGAAUGAUUGUGUUUAGUUUGGUUCAUAAAAUGUUUUUGAUUGAAGCUGUUGAAAUGUCACACAAUACUUGUAAGGUGUACAAUAUGGUAGUUAUUUUUGUGUGUUUGUUUUGUAAUCUUUCAAAAUAAAUAGAACACAUUGUUUAUUAAAUGUAUCAUUUAUUCUAAUAAAAAAAAUGUAGAUUUUAAAGAAUGGUUUGAAAAAAAAAAAAUGUUCUUAGAAUCACCACUAUAUUUUUGUAAUGGAUAGAAGAAACACAAAUAUUUGAUUAAUGUAGCAGAAACAGUCAUUGAAAGUAUUGUAGUGCAAUAGAAAAAUGUAACUUUUUUUUUGCUCAUUUAUGUAAUUUGCUUUUUUUUCCCCCUCUAAGUUAUAAGAAGGAAGACAAUGCUUGUGUAUACAUUUUUUUUUUCUGACCUGUGCAAUUUACUAUGGACACUGCCAUGAUGGAUUUCUAACAAAGUGGGACUGUGGCAGGUGUAAAAAAUAAUCUACUCCCAGAUUUCAGGAAGUAUAUGCUGAAUCACUUUGAUGGUGUCCCAUUUCUUAUAUAGUCUCUAGGAACAGCUUUGACUGUUAAUGAUGGAGUAUUAAGACCUUUCCUUCCUCACAAGUAUCGAGAACCACUCAUUCUUAUAACUGUUACAGAAAUGUAUGAUAAACAGUAUAUUAGAAACUUGAAAAUGAAUUCUUUUAAAAUGCUAGUUAUGCUUUUAUUAUUAUAUUUGUAGACAAGCAACAAUUCUAUUGUUUCAAGUGCAGUUUUUCAGUCUAGUUGUUUUUAAUUAAGAGGAAGGAAUACAGUCUGUGAGGUAUGAGACAUUGUUUUUUCCAAGUGACUAUUUGCAGAGCCUAAUUUUUUUUUUUUUUAAAUCCUUCAAUUUAAAGUUUAAAAUAACUGCAUUUGCAGGAAGUAGCAAUGUAAUAAGCUUAUGACAGUCUAAUGAGUCAUUGUUCAUGUUAAAUAAAAAGCAUCAAUUGAAAGAAAGGAAUUAUCAAUUCUUAAAAUACUAGAACUGCAACUGCAGAGUCAUGCAUUUAUCUCAUUUACAUUAUUAUUUGUUUUGAAUAAAUAUUUAUGAGGAAACUAAAGGCAGUGUAGUCUUCCACCCAUUUUAAAGAUGAUCAAAUUUUGGUGUACCAAGGAAUGAGAACAUUUAACAAUGCCAUGUACUAGUAAGAUAUAAAGGCUGCAUGUCUUACUUUUAUUUUAUUUGUGUAGAAUAUUUUUAUUUUGUGCUACAGCUCCUUUCUUUAUAAUUUGUAAAUAUUAAAUCAACACAAGGAA